CCAGCUCGAGAAAUCAUCAUUGGAAUGCAGGAUUUGAUAAAUUCCAAACCAAAGAACCAAUCCGGAGAAACAAAAUUUUGAAUUUUGAAUUUAAACAGAAGCUUUGGGAAGGAGAAGGCGAAUCAAGAAUGGCAACCACUUCCAAGAACAUGAAGGGUUUCUACAGGCAAAAGAAGAACAGCAGUAGGGGAGGCAUAACCAAGUCGAAAUCCUCGAAAUCAACCAAAAACCCGUCGCCCAAACACGCCGCUACUUUCGGUUCCAAUAUCACCCAGCCCGCCGCCCUUACUUCUCCCGGCGGUUCCCUCGAUCUCAAAGAUGAUUUUGAUGAGCAAGAGGAAGUGUUAAGGCAAUUUGAUAUGAACAUGGCAUAUGGACCGUGCCUUGGGAUAACGCGGAUGGCUCGUUGGGAAAGAGCUCAAAGGUUGGGGCUAAACCCUCCUAAAGAAAUUGAGAAUCUCUUGAAAGGUGGGAAAGUGAAGUUAGAAUCCUUAUUUGAUGGUCGUGUUUAGUUAAUUGUUACUGAUGUUUUUAGGGUGAAAUGUACAGCCUCUAGCUGUGCUUUUAGUUUGGUCAUUACUAAUGUUGUAAUGAACUGGAGAAGUUUGGUAGUUUUAAUGCAGAUGUUAUGCGACGACUGAUUAGUUGUUUAAUGUUGUGUUAUGAUUAAAAUUGGAUCUAACAAGUUGAUUUCUUUUAGAGUAA